AUGGCCUGUUGUGCAAAAUAUCUAUCUAGGAAAAUCAGUUUUAAGAGAGAGAAUGGCCAUCUAGAAGCCAGAAAGAUGCUUGAUUUUAUUCUGGCUGGGUGCAUUUGACAGGACCUUAUGAACUGCUGUGUACUCUGUGUCCUUUUUACUGGAGAGCACCUUCAGGAGGGUGCCUGGAAAGAGUGUAGGCACAAAAUUACUCUGCUGCAAGAGACUUACUGCCAAAAUGUUUCUCACCAAUAAUGCCACUGCUGGCAAAUACAUGGUUCCCAUCAGGAGCUCUUAACACACCAGCCAUUAGGCUUUGGCUACAGCCUCUUCUGACAGAGGCUAAAAUUGAUGGGGUAAGUAGGGAUAUGUGCAAAAUACAUUAUUAAUCCAACUUAACUUCCUGCUAAUCCUUCUUUGUUCAAAAUACCAAUUACUCAUCUGUUGUACUUUAACUAAGAAGUAAAUGUGUUAUUUUAGCUAAGGUUAGUAACUGUCACAGCUGAGACGAAUCUAGCCACAAAUCCAUACCCAGCUUGCCCUUUCCUGGUACCAUUGUAGGUAAGGGUGUUGUCACAAAGCUCAUCCAUGUCUUUCUGAAGCUGUGCUGGCUUUCUCCACAAAUUCUGAUUAUUCUUUGUGUGUUAACAGAUAUGCUAAGCUUAGUACAAAUGUCAGUGUAAUUCAGCGUACUUGGAGCAAAUGCAAGCUGAGAAAACAGUGAACUGCAAGAAGCAAAACAAAGAGGAAAAGAGAGAAAGCCUAGGAGCUCUCAAGUAAAGAUGUCUCAACCCCUGACCACUGGGUAGCAUGCUGCAGGAUUCACUGAGCUUGGUUUUGGAAGAGGAAAAAAAGAUGUCACUCCCUUGUCAGAACUUUAGGAACAGCAGCAUUCAGGUGUCCUAAGUUAAUUCUUUGCCUAGUUAGUUUUCCACAAAUGUCAGGUGUUGGUGCAGGUGAAAUGACUCUUGUCAGAGUGCGUAUGGGAGAGGCAACUCCUCGUCAUCACAGCAUCUCCACAGUUCUAGAUACACUUUUUCUACAUUCACAACCUUACAAAACAGACAUUUGGAAUAAGCCUGCCUGCUUACCUUUAGUCUGGUGUGAAUCAUCAUCACACAGGUCCACUGCCCCUCUCACAGAAUGGUGACGUUCAGAGAUCAUGGAAGUGCUGCUUUCUUGCCUCACUGGACUGAAGUAGCUCCUCUCCCCCUACAAAAGCCUAAACCACAGACUUCCCUUUCCCUGCUCCCUUUUAUACCCCUCUGCAGGCCCACCACCCUCCUAGGUGUGAGACUGCCAUGGUGAGUGCUGGUUUGUUAACCCUUCCAUGGCCACCUGGCAGGAGGAGCCUGUCCUGCCACAAGGCAGCUCUACUAGAAAACCAGGGCUUUUAAAGAAUUCAUCAGCAAAUCUGGGGGUUUUGAGAGGUAAUUUCUUGGGGCCCCUGUGGAAACUGUCCCAGGUGGUAUUAAAUCACCAAAUGUGCAGCUCAGACUGGGUGCACUGUGCUGGCCUUGCUUUCUGUGUCUGAGUUCCUGACACAUCCAAGAGUGUUCAUGUGCUCAGUGUUUGUACCUCUCCAAGAUGCGGAUUUUCACCGACAUCCUUUCCUGUUGAUUCCUGUAAGUAGUGCUCCAGCAGUGGUAUGUGGAGUGGAAAAAUGAAUCAAUCUGGGCGGUCCCCUUAAUGGGUGAUCUGGUUUGUAAUUUGUGCAAAGGAAUUUCUCCAAGGAAACUGUUUGCUUUCUUCCCAAACACUUUGUUACCUAACUCGUAGUGGAACAAAACUCUGUCUUUCCAGCUCAUCUCAAAGUUGUUUCAACUUGCAGUCCAGUCCCCACAUCCUCUGUGUGUUCAGCAUCCCUGGAAAGCUCCACCCUCCCAUCCAGUUAAUAACCAGUUAGCCAGGGUCUGAUUGCCCAGUCUCUGCUCUGCCUGCCCGGCAGCGCUUCCUUUCCCCUCGGCCCCCGGCCCCGCGAGCAGCGGCUGCUGUGCGUGGAGCCCCUGUGCUCAGCCUAGGGCUCGCGGUGCCAAGCGGCCUCUUUGCUCUCUGGGAAGCACAGCAUGAGUGUGGGGACAGUCCUCUUCCAGUCCAGCAGCUAUGGCAAGGAGGGCAGACUGCUCUGCUGCCUCAGCGAGGGCACCUCUGAGCCCGGUGUGAGCUUCACAGAGGCCCUGCACCGCCCCUACGGCUGCGACGUCGAGCCCCAGGCACUGAACGAAGCCAUCAGAUGGAGCUCCAAGGAGAACCUGCUUGGAGCCACUGAGAGUGAUCCCAAUCUCUUUGUUGCACUUUAUGAUUUUGUAGCAAGUGGUGACAACACACUCAGCAUCACCAAAGGUGAGAAGUUGCGAGUCCUGGGUUACAACCAGAAUGGUGAGUGGAGCGAGGUACGUUCGAAGAAUGGCCAGGGCUGGGUACCAAGCAACUACAUCACUCCAGUGAACAGCCUGGAGAAGCACUCGUGGUACCACGGGCCGGUGUCCCGCAGCGCGGCCGAGUAUCUGCUCAGCAGCCUCAUCAACGGCAGCUUCCUGGUCCGGGAGAGCGAGAGCAGCCCAGGGCAGCUGUCCAUCUCGCUCAGGUACGAAGGACGUGUUUACCACUACAGGAUCAACACCACCUCAGAUGGCAAGGUCUAUGUGACAGCAGAAAGCCGUUUCAGCACCCUGGCAGAGCUGGUGCACCAUCACUCAACCGUGGCAGAUGGCCUGGUGACAACUCUGCAUUACCCAGCACCCAAGUGCAAUAAGCCCACCGUGUACGGAGUGUCCCCCAUCCAUGACAAGUGGGAGAUGGAGCGCACCGACAUCACCAUGAAGCACAAGCUCGGGGGAGGGCAGUAUGGAGAGGUCUACGUGGGGGUCUGGAAGAAAUACAAUCUCACAGUGGCUGUGAAAACGUUAAAGGAAGAUACCAUGGAGGUGGAAGAGUUCUUGAAAGAAGCUGCUGUGAUGAAGGAGAUCAAGCACCCAAAUCUAGUGCAGUUGUUAGGUGUGUGCACCCUGGAGCCCCCCUUCUACAUCGUGACGGAGUACAUGCCCUACGGGAACCUGCUGGACUACCUGCGCGAGUGCAACCGCGAGGAGGUCAGCGCUGUCGUGCUGCUCUACAUGGCCACCCAGAUCUCCUCUGCCAUGGAGUACCUGGAGAAGAAGAACUUCAUCCACAGGGACCUGGCAGCACGGAACUGCUUAGUUGGAGAAAACCACGUGGUGAAGGUGGCUGACUUUGGCUUAAGUCGACUCAUGACUGGUGAUACCUACACAGCCCAUGCUGGGGCCAAGUUCCCAAUCAAAUGGACAGCUCCCGAGAGCCUGGCCUACAACACCUUUUCAAUCAAAUCAGAUGUGUGGGCCUUUGGGGUGCUGUUAUGGGAAAUUGCUACCUAUGGGAUGUCACCAUACCCAGGCAUUGACCUCUCUCAGGUGUAUGAUCUGCUGGAAAAGGGCUAUCGCAUGGAGCAGCCAGAGGGGUGUCCUCCCAAGGUGUAUGAGCUGAUGAGGGCAUGCUGGAAGUGGAACCCACCAGACCGACCUUCCUUUGCUGAGACCCACCAGGCUUUUGAAACCAUGUUCCAUGACUCGAGCAUCUCAGAGGAGGUAGCAGAGGAGCUUGGAAGAACAGCCUCAUCCUCAUCCAUAGUUCCUUACCUGCCCCGCUUACCCAUGCUUCCCUCCAAGACAAGAACCCUGAAGAAACAGGCAGAGAACAAGGAGAACAUUGAAGGAACACAGGACCCUGUGGAGCACUCAGCAUCCAGCUCAGCACCAGGUUUCAUCAGAAGCUCACAGCCAACAGGCGGGUCCCCCGCGCUGCCCCGCAAGCAGAGGGACAAGUCCCCCAGCAGCCUCCUGGAGGAUGCCAAAGAGACCACGUUCACCAGGGACAGGAAAGGGGGCUUCUUCAGCUCCUUCAUGAAGAAGAGGAACGCUCCCACGCCGCCCAAGCGCAGCAGCUCCUUCCGGGAGAUGGAGAACCAGCCCCAUAAGAAAUACGAGCUGACGGGUAACUUUUCCUCUGUGGCUUCCUUGCAGCACGUGGACGGCUUCUCCUUUGCUCCCGCGCAGCAGGACACGAGCCUGGCACCCCCCAAGUGCUACGGAGGGGGCUUUGUGCAGAGGACCUUCUACGGCGAGGAGGGCACUGCGCCCAGCAGCGCUGGGGCUGUGAGCACUGGCGGAGGGUGGUCGGGCAUCACUGGCUUCUUCACGCCACGCUUGAUUAAAAAGACGCUGGGUUUACGAGCGGGAAAACCCACUGGCAAUGAAGAAGCUUCAAAGCCUUUUCCAAGGUCAAACUCUACAUCUUCCAUGUCCUCAGGGCUUCCAGAGCAGGAUAGGAUGGCAAUGACCCUUCCCAGAAAUUCCCAGAGGUCAAAAAUUCAGCUGGAACGGACCGUGUCCACCUCCUCCCAGCCCGAUGAGAGCACAGAGAGGGCCGGUGACCUGAUUCCCAAAAGGUUUGAAGAAGGCCCUGCUUUGACCAGAGAGAGACCAAAAGCAAAACUCUUGCCAAGGGGUGCCGCAGCACUCCCUUUUCGAACUCCCUCCGUGUCGGAAGAAAAGGAGGGUCCAGGGCUAGUGGCAGCUCCUAAGGGCAAGGAAAAAAACAGCGGCCCACGACAAGGGGCCCUCGAGGAUGGCGAGAGGCCGGGGUGGUCAUCUCCGGUAAAGGCUGCAGCAAUACUUCCAACCACUCAUAACCACAAAGUGCCAGUCCUAAUCUCACCCACUCUAAAACACACUCCAGCAGACGUGCAGCUCAUUGGCACAGACUCUCAGGGUAAUAAAUUUAAGCUCUUAUCUGAGCAUCAGGUCACUUCUUCCGGCGACAGGGACCGGCCCAGACGGGUAAAACCAAAGUGUGCUCCACCUCCACCACCGGUGAUGCGGCUCCUCCAGCAGCCGGCUGCCUGCUCGGACGCAGCAGAAGAGCUGAGCGGCGCGGCGGGAGCGCAGCACGGACUGGAAUCCAACGAAGGGAGUAAGAAGGCGGCAGCAGCAGCAGCACCUGUUGGUGGAAAAUCCGGGAGGCCCGCGAUGCCUCCGCCCCAAGUGCCUCUGUCAUCGUCUUCCACCUCCCCGGUGAAAAUGGCCAACGGCACGGCCGGCGCCAAGGUAGCGCUGAGAAAGACCAAGCAGGCGGCCGAGAAAAUCCCCGCAGACAAGAUCAGCAAGGAGGCGCUGCUGGAGUGCGCGGAUCUCCUGUCGAGCGCCAUCGCCGAGCCCACGCCCAACAGCCAGCUGGUGGACACGGGGCACCAGCUGCUGGAUUACUGCUCAGGCUACGUGGACUGCAUCCCCCACACGCGCAACAAAUUCGCCUUCCGGGAAGCCGUGAGCAAACUGGAACUCAGCCUGCAGGAGCUGCAGGUGUCCUCGACAGCUGCUGGCGUCCAUGGGGCGAACCCCGUCCUUAAUAACUUAUUGUCAUGUGUCCAAGAAAUCAGUGAUGUGGUGCAAAGGUAGCUACUGUCAAUCUGGGUAAGAGAAACACACACGGGGAGGGCGGGACUGUUUUUCUGUACUGAUGCUUUCAAAAGGAAAGACUGAUACUUGAGUAUGUGAAGUACCUCAGAUCACCGAGUUCUCCUCACGUUUACAGGUUCAUCUCAAAAAGCUGGGGAUGGAGGGGGUAGAUUAAAGCUGUAAGGGGCAGAACAUCAAGGAUCUGUCCCUACAUAGUCAGGCUGAUCUGCUUGGUAUGGCAAGGGAAAGUUCCUUCUCCUCCCCUGGAGAGGCAGGAGAACCGAUGGCAGGUUCUCCCUCUGGGCAGGAUGGUGGUGACAGCCGGAGCCCUGGGCUGGCUGCAGCUGCCUGGCUGCACAGAUCCCACCCUGGCUGCACUCACCUGUGCUCUGCUGUCCUGACAAGGCCAAGGAACGGCACUGGGGCUCUGCUGGUAGCAAGGGCAGAGCAGCCGGAGCAGCUCCGGAGGGGGGUCACGUACAGCUGGGGGAAAGGUCUAAUGCACUGACAGUAUUCAGAGCUGCUGGAGGUGGAUGCACUGGUCUGGACGGCUUAACUUCCACAGCGCUGUUGCUGCUGUAAUGAGAACUGCAAAAUUAGUUAAUAUAUGAAACUGUCCCUGUUCCCUCCUGUCCGCCUCAUCCACCACGUUCUCAUCGUCAUUGUAUUGGAAGUGUCAGGGAUGCUGGGCAGACUUACCACUGGAAUUCCCCCUUCCCACCACACAGCCUUCACUCAGCUGAUCCCUAUUUCUAGUGGUCUAGCACAGGUGCUGCUUGAUGGUCAUUUUGAGUAGUUUGGGGCUCUUGCACAACUUGCCAGUGUUGUUGUUGGGGUGGGUGGGUUCUUCCUUUUUUUAAGCUGUAGAUUGUUUUUAACUUGUUACCAGGUUGGCUCCCCAGUUCAGUGAUCACUGUGAGGACCCAUGGUAGGUAAGGCAGAGCCUCUGCCCCCCUGGCUGUUCUCCACAUUCCUUUAGCAGUCACAGCACUGCAGGGCCAGCUGGAGAACCAGAAAGUACAGCCCAGCCUGCCCACCACAUGUCCUUACUGCUGCAGGAUUCCCUGGACCUGUCCCGAACCCUUCACGCUGCCAGAUUCCUGGGAUUUGUUCUGGUGUUCGCCUGUCUCACAGGCUUCCAGCUUCUCUGCAUCCCAAGGUGAUAAAGUAUGGCAGCACACAGGAAACGCCACAGGUAUCUCCAUGGAUUUGUUCCCAUAUUUUAAAGGAAUCCUACACUGUGGUGUAGGGAAUGUGCACAUUCCUGUGCGCUGCUGUGCCUGAGGUGUGGAACAGAAGCUGUGGCUCUGCCUUGAAGGGCUCCCACUGGGUCUCUGAUGCCUUGUAGCCACCCCAGAAUGAGAGCAGCUGAGUGGCUGGCAGUGCCAUCCAUGGUCCUGGUGCUGUUUGCAGACUGUUGUGGCCUCAAAAAGCUGGUCUGUGUGGAUGCACAACUCCCCUGGGUGUAAAUGCACUGGCAAGUAGGAAGAGCUCGGUUGCUGGUUUGUGAGAGGAAAGGAAACAGGCCUGAAACCUGGCUCCAAGUACACCUUACCUGCAUGCUGCUGCUCACUUCACACUGCUGCUGAUAGAGAAUCUUGCUUGCUUUGCACCUUAAGCCUUUAUUAUUUUGGCUGAAAUGCUUUCUGAACUUGUUUUUCAAGUGUGGCCAUGCUGCUUUUAGUCUGAGCAUUUAGAGUGGAGCUGUGGCACAGGUGUGACUUUAGAAGAGGGGCACUUUGUUUCUGUCGAGAAGCACAUGUUGCUGCUUGGAAGCAGGCUGGGUGUCUCAGCAGGUGUCCCUGUUUUUUCCACAGAGCAUAGCCAGACAGGCUGGGAAAAAUCUUUAGAAAGGGGCUGAGAACCCUCAUUUCAUUACUGGUCUGAGCUAAGCAAAGUUGUUCCAGGGUGAGGAGGCACAGCAGAGGAGCAGCAUGGGAGGUACCAUGGACCAGAGAGCUUCUGUGGCCCAGUAAGGGAAGUGCUGGGGGGGAAAGAGCCAAGCAGCCCCUUGUGCUGGCAAGUCCUGAUCCCCUGCAGCACUGGGGCUGUCCCAAGGCUCUUCCAUAGGCACAGUACCAGCCCCUUAUCUCCUAGACUUUGCUGAGGGCUUUUGUGGUUUACCUUAUCUCUUUCAGUCAUCUUCAUGGAAGGUGUGCAUCCAAACUGACUGCCUUUGGAAAGGUGACCUGCAAAGGAAGGUGGCUUGUGGCAUUGCUUCACAUGGCCUGCCAAACAAUCAGAAGGUUUAGAAGGUGGAGGGCUCUCUUUUCUUGGGGGCAGAAGGGCAGGUCUUGCUUACCCUGACAGGCCAUCACAUGGUUCCAUGACUGUACUGCUGCUCAGCCUGGGACAAAUGGGCUGGAACUGAAGGGAUUCCAGGGGAAAGGAAUUUUAACCAGAACAUUUUAAAGUUUAGCCCAAUUCUGAUGAGCAUUUUGAAAGAAACCUUUUUUAUUUUUUCUCCUAAAUGCCAGUCUUCCAGAAAAGCUCCAGCAAAAGCGGUAGAGUAGCAAUAUGGAAUUUCUAACUACUGGAACUCCCCUCUUGCAGCCCUCUCUGAAGAAAGCAGCUGUGUCCCAAUGGACACUGUGGGCCAUCCCCACUUCCUUUCAGGUGCCCCAAUUUCUCCUUGCCCCUGCAGCAGAGGUGGGCAGUGGGACAGGGCAGCAUCCAGCUGCUUUUCCAGAGUCACAGAACGCUGAGGUUGGAGGGAGCUUUGGAGCUCCAAACACUGCUCCAAACACUCUCUCGAGCAGGGCCACCAAGAGGCACCUGUGAGGACCAUGU